AUGGACCUCAAGCAGGCACUGCAAACUCCGCGCGGAGCUUUCCCGUGUUGUCAAACUUCUGCUGGGAGCCUGCUGUGUGAGGUGAUCAACAUGGUCCAGAGCGGGAGCACCUGGCUGAACGACUGCCUGGGUGCCACAUCAGAAGAGUACUCCUGCUCCUUGUCGGAGUUUGUGACCCUCGUCCAAGACUAUGAUCAGCGCCUGAACAAGGUCUUUGCCCGUAUGGACACGGCCACAACAGACUCGUUCACUGCGAUCCAGACUAAUUUGAAAGCUCUCCUGGACCAGUACUUCCUUUCCAAAAUAACUCUGAUCGGCAAUGGUGUGACCUGCGGCUUCAUGGGAACAGCCUACAAGGGCGUCGUUGAUGGCAUGUGCUAUGGCGGAGUGUGGGGCCUGAAGGCCGUUUCAAGCUCCUAUGCAGCAUGUGCGGUGGUCACCUUGCUGCCUGACCGCAGGGUUGUUCAAGGUUGGAAGCUGUCAGAUGUUCAAAGCUCAUGUGACUCAUGCCAGAUCCUUGGCAGCUGUGCAAGACCGCUUAAGUUGAUCUUGUGUGUAAGCGCGAAAGAUGCAAAGCUCCUGAAGUAUCAAGAAGUAGCAGCAUUUGCAUUUGAAGGCAGUGUCACCGCCAACACUUCCUGGAUUGACUCAGGUUUCUGGUGA